AUGUGCAGAAAUAACAUGUCAGCCCCGCUGAAAACCAUCAUGCCCGCCGCCUGGAAAGCCACCGCCACGGUGAUUUUCCUUCACGGCUUGGGAGAUACUGGGCACGGAUGGACAGAAGCCUUUGCAGGUAUCAGAAGUUCACAUAUCAAAUAUAUCUGCCCGCAUGCGUUUGAUAUUAUUGGGCUUUCACCAGAUUCACAAGAGGAUGAACCUGGGAUUAAACAGGCAGCUGAAAAUAUAAAAGCUUUGAUUGAUCAAGAAGUGAACAAUGGCAUUCCUUCUAACAGAAUUAUUUUGGGAGGAUUUUCUCAGGGAGGAGCUUUAUCUUUAUAUACUGCCUUUACCACGCAGCGGAAACUGACGGGUAUCACUGCGCUCAGUUGCUGGUUUCUACUUCAGGCUUCAUUUCCACAGGGUCCUAUCAGUGGCGCUAAUAGAGAUAUUUCUAUUCUCCAGUGCCACAGAGAUUGUGACCCUUUAGUUCCCCGGGUGUUUGGUUCUCUUAUGGUUGAAAAACUAAAAACAUUGGUAAAACCUUCAUAG